CGAGAGUCGAAAACGCACGGAUGCCGUGAGGGGCCAGUGCGUUAACGCGGUUCGCGUCAGAUUGCUUGUUUUGCUUGCGUGUGCGUGCACAACGUGUUCGAUUAGAAAAAGGUGCCUUUAAACGUGACAGUGUCGACAGUUCAAUGAAAAGAAUAUCGAAGGGGACACAUUGGCGAGAGGAUUUAGAGGAUCCACGUUCGACGACUUCGAGGGUUUCAAUUAGACGACGUAAUCCAGUGAAUCGGAAUUUAGUAACAGCUGCGUGAGACUGUCUUCAACGAUGAUGCUGAAAGAGGGCUGCGGUGGCGGGAACGAAGCAUACUGUUGUCCAACGAUAAGACCGUCGGGGAGCAAGCUCGAGAGACGAAAGAUAGAAGAUCAACGAAUCGUAGCGAGCGCGACGAUCGAUUAAACGUAGCUUUUAUCGUGAAUCUACGAUUCUUCUUCCAGCCCGAGGGGAUCUCCGCGCGCCAUAGGUUAGCUGGAACCAUGGGGAAUGGCAUGAACAGGGUCCUCCCCGGGCUUUAUAUCGGGAAUUAUCACGACAGCAAGGACGCUGAUCAAUUGGAGCGAUUCGAGAUCACUCACAUUCUGGCGAUCCACGAUACCGCGCGGCGAUUGCAUUCCGACAAACAUUAUUUAUGCAUAUUGGCGGCGGAUAGCCCGGAUCAAAAUUUGUCCCAGUACUUUUCCUUGUGCAAUGACUUUAUUCACGCUGCACGUCUACGCGGUGGGAACGUCCUGAUACACUGCUUAGCCGGCAUGUCGAGAAGCGUGACAGUAGCGGUGGCCUAUAUUAUGAGUACCACCAAUCUUUCAUGGAAAGAGGCACUCAAAGUCGUCAGAGUGGGCCGUUCCAUUGCCAAUCCAAACGUCGGGUUCCAGCAACAGCUCAAAGAUUUCGAGUCCAGUAGAUUGCACGAGGAGCGACGCAGGUUGAAGGAACGAUUUCCAACCUUGGCACUAGCGGAGUCCGAUGCGGAGAUGUGUCGUACUACUUUAAGAAAUUACGAAACCAUGGCAUUGGCUCGGGAAGUGUGCGAAGGGAAAUGUGCCAUGGGCCGUCCUUGUCCGACUGGGCUAUGCAGGCAACCUUCCAAAAGGAGCCCACGAAGAAAGGCGUCCACGGGCAGCACCAGCAGCCUGAACACAGGAAGAACGCCUCCUCAGACACCUAGGUUGCUACCGUCUGCACCACCGUCGCCAGCCAUGCACAGGUCCACCAGUGUCCUGUCGGCGAGACCUAGAAGUGGUCCUGCUGGGCUCCACUAUUACACUGGGUCGGCACCACCUUCCAGGGCGGUGUCGAGGGUGGACCUAUCAGGAGCAGUGGCCUGUAGUAGUAGCAGCACGAGUCUGCAAACGCUAGGCAGAUCAGGCAUGUCGGGCAGUAAUUGGAGGUUGACCGCCGGUUCCGCUCCCAACACGCCGAGACCAACGCCGCCAGUUUCUCCUCAGCGUUGGCCAAGACGAUCCUCCACUCGACAGACACCCCAAUUGCCAGUCUCCCCUGAAACCUCCUCCUCGACGACGUAGCAUCUCCGGAACUUCGCUUCGUUCUCGACUCUGCCCGAGUAAUUACGGAAUCGAUUCACUCGGCGAAGACAGGCGUCGGCCAUCCGCGAACGUCGGAUGACCGUGUCCCCCAUAAAAUGCCAUAAUCGGCCCCCUGGAAGACGAUGCUCGCCGAAACGGCGUAAACGUUGAAACGCUUUCCCGAAAGGACACUAAAAGGCUUAACGUACCCGGAUACUUCAAACAGCUUCAACUGCAACGAGUAUAUACGCCAGCUUGCCAUUUCAUCGCUAACGCAGUUUUGCAUCGACGUGCAAAGCGGUAGGAAGCUUGAAGAGUCUGUCGAGAAGCAGAGAGAGAAGAAGAAAAAAAAAAGGAACGUUGUACGAUAACGAAGUCGCGCUCGAGUUUCCUCGUUCGAAUCGUAAACGGAGCUCGGUUCCCGAGAGCUGUUGAGGUUUAUUAAAAGCUUCGGUGGAUUCCUUGGCUGGGAAAUUGUGACCUAGUCGACGUGAGUCUCCAUGUGAUCGUUAGCAAAGAGA